AUGAAAUUUGUAUAAUUUAGAUUUCUAAUAAGCUUCGUCAAAAUUAUCAAAUAAGGUAGAAUGGAUAGAUGAUGCUUUAUUACAUAUUAAUUGUAAAGUUGAAAAUAGAAAUCUAGGAAAAACAGUUAUGCACAUUGGGAAUCAUAAAGAUUUGGGACUUCACUUCAAAAUUUCUUUUGAAAUUUUUUGCUGUAAAUUUCGAAAGAAAAGCUUUCUUACAUUAUUACUUAUAAGAUGGUAUGGAUGAAAUGGAAUUCACUGAGCCUGAAUCAAAUCUAAAUGAUUUUGUCUCUGAGUAUUUUAAUGCUGUUACGGAAUGUCGGAUUACGAUGCAGAGGAGUAAGGUUAUGACUAGGACAUAUGAGAAUAAUUAUAAAUUAUUAAUUAUUCUUAAUAAAACCAUUUUCUAGGUAUUCCUAGAGAAUAAUAAGGUUCUUUUAAAAAGAAUUAUGUAAUCCUGUUGA